UUGCCAGGAUCACUCACCAACUUCCCCAAUCAACCGCCACUCCAUCCUGGGCUGCUAGGCCGCUGUCUUACCGAUUCUUACAUUCUCAGUCGCCGUCCCGACAACAGGCAUUCGACUCAGGACUACGGUAUGUCUACAGAGGCCUCAUCAUCAUCUGCUUCGGCAGCAAACACGAGAAGCGAAGUAGCACGUCCCGCCGCCGAUGAAGACAUCGAGAAGUUACUUAGCAGGGAAGCCUCGGCAUUCCAGAGGGAGAUUGAGGUCGAAAGGAUUUUGAAGGCUUUCAAGUUGAAUCCCUACGAUAUUCUCGACGUGAACGAGACCGCCACGACAGAAGAGAUCAAACGUCGAUACAGGCAACUGUCGCUUUUUAUCCAUCCUGACAAGACCCCCCACGUCCGUGCUCCAGAUGCCUUUGACAUAUUGAAGAAGGCCGAAAGCGAUCUAAGCGAUGCCAAAGUUCGCGAAGAAUUGGAUGCUGUCAUCAAACAGGCGCGCCUUCUCGUACUGAAGAGUCAUGGUCUCCCGUCCGCGACGACGGAUGACGAUCCCAAACUCAAAGAUCUCCAACCUCCAUUCAAAGUUCAGCUCAGGGAGAAGAGUAAGGAUCUCCUUAUUGAGGAAGAAGUUCGGAGGCGCAAGGCGAUAAAGAUGAAUUUGGCUAAUGAGGGAUUGGAAGCGAGAAAGAAGGAAGAGGAAGUUAUAUCCAAGAAGAGAAAGGUUGAAGAAGAGAAGGCAUGGGAAGAUGGGCGAGAGCAACGCGUGGGUAGCUGGAGGAACUUCUCCAAUGCCAAGAAGAAGAAGAAGACGAAGGGACCCGCUUUACUGGGUUAAUGUGCACUAUCCUGUCCUCGUCUCCGUCCCAUUGCUGGCCUGAAGAGCUCAAGUUGUUAUUUACGGGACUCCCGCUGUAUUAUUAUACCAUUUGCUUAUUGUGAUAGAAGGCCCAAGUACAUUCUCGAUAGGUAAUAUACGGCAAAGAAGAUUUGGGUGAAUAUGGAACACUGUC